GAUGACCGACUCGGGAGAAGCUACGUACUGUACCAAGAGAUUCAGUUGGGAUCGAAUUCAUCAACCGAAUUCAUUACCUAUCAAGAAUCAUUUUUCAUCUGGAUUCCUCGUCACAAAGUUAACUACAGUAGAUGGAUCUUAUUCAGGCAAGAAUCCUAGGAACCAUGUUUGAGUCCAGGUGACAGUAAGAAUGGCAAGUUUUGAAGAAGCAGUGAAUAAAGGCAGUAAACCAUGUAAUUAUCAGAAAUAUCCAAUUCGUCGCUUGGAGCCAAGCAUCCAGAAGUUUAUCAAAGUUUUAGAGAUAGAUCUAGAAAGACUUGACAGACAUCAGAGAAAUCUUCUAAAGUUUCAAAGACUACGAGAAUGGGAAAACCUCAACAAAGAACAGAUUAAUGCUACAAGGACAAUACAGCAAUUGAAAGCUAAUAUUCGAGAGCUUGAGAAAACUCGACACCAAGUAGAGGAUGAUGAAGUUGUUCAAUUUAACACCAAAGUAACUGAAAUUAAAGAAAAGGCUUUAUCACAGGUAAAAGAAUUCCUAGAGGUUUAUGGACAUUCAUAUCAUGUGCCAGUCCCUGCUGAAGAUGAAAGUAUUGCGAAAGACAGUGGUGCUUUGCCUCAUCCCCUGGCCUGCGAUCAUGAUACUGGAACAUAUCAGAAUCCUGUGUCCUGCAGCCUUCCCACAGACAGUUACUUACAACAGCAGUUAACCCAAACCGUUCCAGAUAACACAGAUGCUGCUCAGUCAUUAGAUAACUUGAAAGAGAGUCUAUUAGAAUUGAAUACUAUGAUCCAUGAGUUUGCUGACCUAGUUCAGAGUCAACAAGAAGUUGUAGACAGAAUAGAAGACAAUGUAGAAAAAGCUCAUAGCAAUGUGCAAGGAGCAGCAAUUAAUCUCUCUAAGGCUGCCAAAUACAAGGCAGCUAUUGUCCCAGUGGCAGGUGCUGUUAUAGGUGGAGUUGUGGCAGGUCCAGUGGGGCUGUAUGUAGGAGCAAAAAUAGGAGGGCUGGCAGCUGCUGGUGUUGGUGGAAUUGUAGGUUUUGCAGGUGGGAAGUUCAUCAAGAAGAAACAGGACCAUGCAAAUGAGGCUGAACUGCAAAAUCUCAGCAAAAAGGACUCGAAUUCAAUGCCCAAUUUAAACUUGUCUGGCAAAUAGCAUAAUGGUUUAAAUGAAAAGAUAUAUAUUGAUGGAAUUGAAUAUAUAAAACAACAUGGAAUGUCUUUGGUGCUUAUAAUCUCUUCGAUUUUUAGACAUAUGGGUUUAAAAUAGACUAUAACUGGUGUUUUAUUCAAUAUAAAUGUGUAUAAAAAUCUUGCCUCAUACAGAAAGGAUGUGAACGUAAAAACAGUACAAUGGUAAACAGCUAGUGUUCUAGAAUUUUUAGAAGGAAUCCCUUUCAUCUUUCUGUAAAGAGAACAAUCAGGUACGAUUUGGUGGAUCCUCAAAUUUUAUUCUAGUUUACAAUUAAGGGUUACCAACUGGCCAUAUGUUAUGUUAAUAUUUAUGUGUGGACACAUUCAGUACCAUAUUCCUUCAUUUAUUUUAAAUUGUCAUUUUUUUCAUUUGUAAUUAGCAUUCAUUACAAGUCAUUUUAAGGUUUAUGUCACAUGCAUGCUUACCAUAUGUAGUCCAAUUCUAGUGGAGUAUUGUCUGCUUUGAAAAUUGUAUAGUUUACACUGGGCCACAACGGUAUUUUUUUUUUUUGUGUUUGAACAAAAAACUGAUGGCUAGGUCUAUUUCAUGUUUCCUUGAAUCCAUGGAUGUAUUACGGUGAAAAUUAAGUGGUUCUGUAUUUGAAAUAUUUUGCAUGUUUGUGCAUUGUGAAGUAAAUGUGGUGACUUGCAUAAAACUGUUUUGUCUGCAUAUUUAUAAUGUCAGAGUCAGCCUUAAAAAUGCAGGAAAAGUCAGCAAGACUUUUAAAUAUACAGACAUAAAGCAGAAAAUUUUGAUGCUAAUAUAAUUUUUUUAGUCACUUUAGGCCUAUGAAUCAUAUCAGUAAGUUUGAGAAUAAUAAAUGAUGUAGGUUUCCUUUUAUCAACAACGAUGACAAUGCCACUACCAGAUGUAGGCUAUGGCUAUUAGUACAGAAAAACUACAUAAAAAACAAUCUGUCAACAGCUGUUUAAUUUAAGAAAUUUAAUCUGUAUAAAUGCAUGAAAAAUCUACAUUUAACAGCUCUGUAAUAUAUGUAUCUAAAUACAAAGAUGUAUGUCUUUGCCAACUCCCAAUACUGAAAUAUAUUUCUAUCUGAAUGCA